AUGAGGGACAGACUGAGCCACCUGCAGGAGGUGUCCAAUGGCCACGUGGAGGAGAUGGAGUACGAGGAGGAGGACACUGUCUCCGACACCUUCAGCAAUGUGGACCUGGAGGAGCUGCACCAAGAGGCGGUGGUGUUCGACAACAGCCCGGAUCUGGAAGAGGUCUUCUCCAAGUCCCAAGAGAUCCACAAAGAGGUCCAACUCAUCCGCCUGGAGAUUAAAAGGCUCCGCGAGCAGAACAACCGCAUGCUCCAUGGCACCACCAACAUGAGCGUCAUCAAAAGGGACUCUAACGCCAUCGGUGCUGAUAUUAAGUCCCGGGCUGAGGGUAUUCUAGCUCAUCUGAGGGAGAUGGAUGGCACAGCCCACAAACUGGAAGAAGCACAUGGGUCAAAUUCUGCCAUCACACGCAUUGCCAGGACCCAGUAUGCCUGCAUCAGCAACGGGUUCCGCGACGCCAUGUUUGACUAUAAUGAGGCUGAGAUGAGCCACAGGGAGAACUGUAAGAGCCAGAUCCAGAGGCAGAUGGAGAUCGUGGGGCGUGAGGUGUCAGGAGAGGAGAUGGAGGAGAUUAUUGAGACGGGCCAGUGGAACGUGUUCACAGACAACAUUGUCUCCGAGGGUAAAACGGCCCGAUCGGCUCUGUCUCAGAUUGAGAAACGUCACCAGGAGCUGGUGGACCUGGAGAACCGCAUCCAGAGCAUCCAUGAGAUCUUCCUGGACAUCGCCUUGCUGGUGGAGGAGCAGGGGCCCAUGCUGAACGCCAUCCAGACUAACGUGCAGAAAACAGACGAAAACAUACGGGAAGUCCUCGUCAAACUCGGCAGGGCCAAGCGUCACGAUAAGAACAACCCGUUCAAAAAGAUGUUUUGCAGCUGUUUCCCAUGCGUCGAUUAA